GCGUUGCCAGAUGACUUGAAGACAAAGCUCAGCUUAGAUGAGGAUCUAGUUUCAAGCCCCAAAGAGCCCUUUUGCCAGCCUCUACUGAUAGGGUUGCCGGGAGAUUUAAGAAUGGCAAAAGCGGUAUGUCACACUCAUAUUCCUCUCAAAGGGACAAGAACUUGUCUAAGCUUACUGGGCCUGCUGCAACCUCUAAUAGGUUUGAUGAUAGAAAUCUAGAGUCACCAGCUGCGCUAGCCAAUCAGGGAGCCACGACUCAACUUUUAGAACAGAUUUCUUCACUAAAUGAUAGAAUGGAUGAGUUCACAACCUGUAUUGAAGAGUUAAAUUCCAAGUUAAUCAUCAAUAAGAACUCUCCUAGCCAAAAAAAUAUGGUUCUCCAGGCUGAAGCGCACAACGGUUCCGCUCCAACUUCUUACUUCGUAUCUGGUUUAGGCAAUGGUUCCUUGACUGGAUCCAAAAUGUCCAAUUCCUCAUCUUCAUCUCUGUUGGCUAAAGAGUCACCUUUAAUGGAGGAGAUAUCAGGAAUUGCCCGGGCACAGCUUCUACUCACGCUUCAGUUGGAUACGUUGAGCAGUCUUCUUCGUGAUAGCUUGGGAGAGAGGUUUCAGGGAGUAAGAAAAAACAGGAAUAGCCUGGCUGUCCAUGAUGGCCAAGCUCCCCUUAUUGCGGCAUUGGCGAUUGGUUGUGUCGGACUGUGUUGGUUUAGUCGAGCCCGGAAUUGACUCGAGUAGAUUCACAUUUUUGUUUCCUGCUCCAGAUAUCUUUCUUUUCUUUUGAUAUUAUUCAUAGAAGUUUUCCACACAGGCCUCCUCUUGGUCGGGAAACCAGAUAUCAAUAUCAAUCAUCUAGUUUAUUAUGUUUGGAGUUAGAAGCCUUUAGUUUCUCUAGCAGUCUGUAGAAGAGGGGUUAUCAGAAUUUUGUAUUUGAUGUCACGUUGGCAACUCUUUCAUCAUAUUCUGAAAUAGUAAAUCAAUAGCAAUAAGGUAUUUGACCU